GGGUGUCUUGCAUCAGUCCAUUGUAUGUGAGAGGGACCUGAGCUGAGCGAGAGUGAACAGAGAGAAUAGGCAGGCUUGGAUUCUAACAGACUGAACUGGGGACACGGACACUCACAGGAAUACUCCACCGCCUACUCGGAACAAAUGUUUUGAAAGGAUAAACUCUUUAAAAAUGAACGUGGUACCUUCCGGCAUUUGGAAAUUGUUCCCGAGGAUGAACCAGACGUGUGGAGGUCUACAAUUAUUUUUCUGAGGUUUGAAGACCCUCUCUCUCUGUGUGUGUGUGUGUGUGUGUGUGUGUGUGUGUGUGUGUGUGUGUGUGUGUGUGUGUGUGUGUGUGUGUGUGUGCGUGUGCGUGUGUUUGGGAUGAAGCGCCUGUGGGACAAACACUUUCCGUUGCUCAUCCUUCUCUAUCUGGUAGGAGACGUCACCUCACAGGUUAACCCAGGUGUGUGUCGGUACCCUCUGGGGAUGUCAGGAGGGCAGAUUCAGGAUGAAGACAUCUCUGCCUCCAGUCAGUGGUCUGAGUCGACUGCUGCUAGAUACGGCAGGUUGGACUUUGAGGAGGGUGAUGGCGCGUGGUGUCCAGAGAGAACGGUGGAACCAGACAGCCUGAAGGAGUUCCUCCAGGUAGACCUGCGCUCCCUCCACUUCAUCACCCUGGUGGGCACCCAGGGCCGCCACGCAGGGGGCAUCGGCAACGAGUUUGCCCAGAUGUACAAGAUCAAAUACAGCCGUGACGGCAGCCGCUGGAUCUCCUGGAGGAACAGGCAAGGCAACCAGGUCAUUGAGGGGAACAGGAAUGCAUAUGACAUCAUGCUGAAGGACCUGGAGCCUCCGAUCAUCGCCCGCUUCGUGAGGUUCAUGCCCGUCUCAGACCACUCUAUGAACGUCUGCAUGAGAGUGGAGCUCUACGGCUGUGAAUGGCUCGACGGUUUGGUGUCCUACAACGCUCCAGCAGGAGAACAGAUGAGUCUAGAGGGCCAGCCUGUCCACUUCAACGACUCGGUGUACGACGGAGCCGUCAUCCACAGUAUGACGGAGGGCCUGGGCCAGCUGACUGAUGGGAUGUGUGGAUUAGAUGACUUCACCCACAGCCACGUCUACAAUGUGUGGCCUGGCUACGACUACGUAGGUUGGACCAACGAGAGCUUCCCCAACGGAUACGUGGAGAUCAUGUUCGAGUUUGACCGCACACGCAACUUCACCACCAUGAAGGUGCACUGUAACAACAUGUUCAUGCAGCAUAUCAAGGCAUUCCGCCAGGUUGUGUGUUACUUCCGUUCCGAGGCUGACUGGGAGGCCACGCCCCUUUCCUUCAGUCCUGUGGUGGAUGACGUCAAUCCCAGCGCCCGAUUCAUCACUGUCUCUCUGGCCAAUCACAUGGCCAGUGCUAUGAAGUGCCAUUUCUACUUCGCUGACGCCUGGAUGAUGUUUAGCGAAAUCACCUUCCAGUCAGACACAGCCAUGUACAAUACUACCCUGGCUCCACCCAAGACUGGCAGUGGCCCCCCCACCAGCACUCAACCAGGGGAUGACCCCACCCACAAAAUAGACGACAGCAACACCAGAAUUCUGAUUGGCUGCCUGGUGGCCAUCAUCUUCAUCCUCGUCGCCAUCAUCGUCAUCAUCCUCUGGAGGCAGGUCUGGCAAAAGAUGCUGGAGAAGGCCUCGCGGCGGAUGCUGGACGAUGAACUAACUGCUAGUCUGUCACUACAGAGCGAGACAUUUGCCUACAGCCACAACAACCCUUCAUCAUCAUCAUCAUCAUCAGCACCCAGCGAACAGGAGUCUAGCUCCACCUACGAGCGUAUCUUCCCCCUGGGCCCUGACUACCAGGAGCCUUCACGACUGAUACGCAAGCUGCCUGAGUUCUCCCACAGCUCGGAGGAGGCCGCAUUGACCAGCACAGUGGUGGCAGUGACAGCCUCCAAGGCUCCCACGGCAACAUUUGCCCAGGACGGAGUCCCUCACUAUGCCGAGGCAGACGUCGUCAACCUGCAGGGCGUAACUGGGGGCAACACGUACGCGGUCCCUGCUCUAACCAUGGACCUGCUGUCAGGGAAGGACGUGGCGGUGGAAGAGUUCCCCAGGAAACUGCUCACCUUUAAAGAAAAGCUGGGCGAGGGACAGUUUGGAGAGGUCCACCUGUGCGAGGCAGAGGGCAUGCAGGAGUUUAUGGAUGAGGAUUUCUCCUUUGACAUCAGUGACAACCAGCCAGUACUGGUGGCUGUUAAGAUGCUAAGGGCAGACGCUAACAAAAACGCCAGGAACGACUUCCUGAAGGAGAUUAAGAUCAUGUCUCGACUGAAGGACCCCAACAUCAUCCGUCUGCUGGCUGUGUGUAUCUGCAGUGACCCCCUCUGCAUGAUCACAGAGUACAUGGAGAAUGGAGACCUCAACCAAUUCCUGUCCCGCCAUGAACCUGAGGGACAGCUAGCGCUCAUCAGCAACGCACCCACUGUCAGCUACAGUAACCUGUGCUACAUGGCCACUCAGAUUGCCUCAGGGAUGAGGUACCUCUCCUCGCUCAACUUUGUCCACAGAGACCUGGCCACGAGGAACUGUCUGGUGGGGAAGAACUACACCAUCAAGAUCGCUGACUUUGGCAUGAGCAGGAACCUGUACAGCGGAGACUACUACCGCAUCCAGGGCCGGGCCGUGUUGCCCAUACGAUGGAUGUCCUGGGAGAGCAUACUGCUGGGUAAGUUCACCACAGCCAGUGACGUGUGGGCAUUUGGGGUGACGCUGUGGGAGACCCUAACCUUCUGUAACGAGCAGCCUUACUCCCAGCUGACUGACGAACAGGUCAUAGAGAACACUGGCGAGUUCUUCAGGGACCAGAAACGACAGGUCUACCUUCCCCAGCCAGUGCUGUGUCCUGACUCUGUGUAUAAGAUCAUGCUGAAUUGUUGGAGGAGGAACACCAAGGAGAGGCCUUCCUUCCAGGACAUCCACCGAGCACUGCUGGAGAGCCAAGCUUAGGGCCAGUACCCCUGGGCCAGCACACACACACACACACACACAGACAGACAGACGGACGGAUGAAACACAUCAACAACACAUUACGCAUCCAUCAAAAGUUCAACUCAAUUCAACUAAUGAUGCACGGAAAAAGAAAUGCAAAAAUUACAAAUGGCUGUCAGAUUGUCUCAGAUAGAGAAGCCAAAGUGAAUUGUAGCAAUGAAAGUUCGCUACUUUUAAAAAUGUAUAAUUUAUUCAAAAUUGUACUAUAAAUGAGUGUUCCCACCUUGUUUAAUGUAGUUUAUGGUAUUGGCACGUCUAUGAAUUAAAUUGUGUUUUCUUUAAGAAGACUGCUUGAAUGUAAAAAAAGAAUACAAGUUUCAUUGAUGUCUUAGCAAAAACAUAAGUGUUCAGUUUGGAGAUUUUUGGUGAAUUUUUAUAUUUGAAAAGGUUAAUCAUCUCAGUCAGUCUGACAGUCUGACAGUUUAUUCAAAGCCAACAGGGAUAAUUAUGUUUUCAUAAAAAUAAUGCAUUAUAAUUAUAAGACUUAAUAUUAUAACAUUAUACCUAUUGGCUUUUGAUUAAGGAGUUACAAGUGAUAAACAAAUUCGUAACAUGGACAUUAACCAAAACUUAAACAUGUCUCAACUGUAGUACUCUGGCAUACACUCUGCUACAGUGUCUGCCAGUGAUAUUUGACCAAGAGUGCUCAGAGACAUCAAUAUGUAUGUACUUCUCAAAUAUUCAUAUUUUGUAUUUAUAUGUAUUGUUUAUUUGUAUGUUCUGUUUGCUUCUUGUUUACAGUACCAGUCAAAAGUUUGGACACACCUACUCGUUCUAGGGUUUAUCUUUAUUUUUAAUAUUUUCUACUUUGUAGAAUAAUAGUGAAGACACCAAAACUAUGAAAGAACACAUUUGGAAUCAUGUAGUAACCAAAAAAGUGUUAAAGAAAUCAAAAUAUAUUUUAUAUUUGAGAUUCUUCAAAUAGCCACCCAUUGCCUUGAAGACAGAUGACACUCUUGGCAAUCUCUCAACCAGCUUCACCUGGAAUGCUUUUCCAACAGUCUUGAAGUCGUCCCCACAUAUGCUGAGCACUUGUUGGCUGCUUUUCCUUCACUCUGCAGUCUAACUCAUCCCAAACCAUCUCAAUUGGGUUGAAGUUGGGUGAUUGUGGAGGCCAGGUCAUCUGAUGCAGCACUCCGUCACUCUCCUUCUUGGUCAAAUAGCCCUUACGCAGCCUGGAGGUGUGUUGGGUCAUUGUCCUGUUGAUAGUCCCACUAAGCGCAAACCAGAUGGGAUGGUGUAUCGCUGCAGAAUGCUAUGGUAGCCAUGCUGGUUAAGCGGGCCUUAAAUUCUAAAUAAAUUACAGACAGUGUCACCAGCAAAGCACCAUCACACCUCCUCUAUGCUUCACGGUGGGAACCAAACAUGCCGAGAUCAUUCGUUCACCUACUGUCAUCAAGCUGUCAUCAAGGCAAAGGAUGGCUAUUUGAAGAAUCUCAAAUAUAAAAAAAAUCUUCAUUUGUUUUAACACUUUUUUGGUUACUAUGUGUUUCCAUAUGUUUUAUUUCAUAGUUUUGAUAUUUACAUUAUUAUUCUACAAUUGAGAAAAUAGUAACAAUAAAGAAAAACCCUUGAAUGAGUAGGUGUGCCCAAACGUUUGACUGGUACUAUAUAUUUGGGUACUGAUCAGCUUUUAUUUUUGCAUGGGAAAAGUUGUACAUUCAGUUUUGUAUUUUGUUCAAUGUCUUUUGAGAGUGUCAUGGACAUUCUAAAGUGAGACUGUAGAUUAUUUCAAACAACUUUAUGAUAAGAUUUGUAAAAAUGGAGCAGUCAACAAUCCACUCAACAUAGUCCAGAGUUGAUAGCUCAAACAAACGGAAUUGUCUCUCAGCUUUUAUAGAAAAGUCCAACCUCUUUGUCUAUGUGGCAGUCCGCUGAUGUGUGCAAACAGGUGUGAGGAACAUAGUGUAUAAAAGGUGUUUAGCUCGUCUGUGCAGAUUAAGACUGCUGACGUUGCCACCGUUGUCUGUUCCUUCAUGCAAGUUUCCACACAGAAGAGUUCCUGCAGAUAGUACAAACGGUAUGUCAGAUACUUAGGUCGCACCCGACUCUUAUCUGUACGCCCAGACGUAUGACUAAGUCACAUAAGACAAGCCUGCAUCAGCUAAAAAAAACACUAGCAUAUAACAAUGGACAAUUCUCGAAGUAAAAACAGCAUAGUAUGUCUAAUUUUGAAAUUUUCCACCACAAGAGUUGUAUGGGAAAAUGGCAGUUAGCUUUGUGGGAGGUGGGGUGGAGGAUAUGCCUUCAAUAACAUUACAAAUGUUUGUUCUAGAGACGCCUAAUCUAUUCUCAUUCAUAUAUGUGACCAAAUCACUGUUCAAAUCAGAUCUGAGAUAAGCUGCAUUUGUGCGGGUCCAUGUUCGCGCCAUACUGAUCAGACUAUGGUGCUAAUCAGGAUCCAGACUGGAGGAGAGAUUAUGGGCAAACUGUAUGUGCAGAAUAGUCUUUGAAAAGUGAAACGUAGGAAAAUAUGCUUCAAGAGGGAAUGUUUUUUAAUGGUUCGUGUGUUUGCUACCUUUUAUACAACGAAUGUUGUUCUAAGCUAUUUUUUGUGUUGUAUUGAAAGUGUUCAAUUUCACAGUUUUUCUGAACAAGAAAGCAACUGUUUAUGAAGUAUCUCUGUUGAAAGAGAGCGAGAGCUGAACGGCCGUUUAAAGGGUUUCUGAAUAGAGUUCGGGGUGAUAAUCAGUCAGAAGGAUUUCCGACAAUGUCAACUGCACACGAGGACAGUUGUGGUAACACAAGACAGUUACUAUAGUAGCUCUCACGAUUAUAACGUUUUUACACCAAUACCUUUACGGCGUCAGGUUUGAACCCUACGGCUUCCAUAUGUUAUAAACCUGUCUCCAGGCUUCAUACCCUACAGGCCUAGAUUUGACGCCAUACUUCCUACAAUCACACACACACAGAUUCAACGUUACUCAGAGGCUUCCUCCUUCUUAUCAGCAACCUUUGCCCCUGGACCUUAUUAUUCACAUAGCGGUGUCACUUAAUUGCAAACUAUUAGUCAUAAUGCACUAUAUCUAGUUUAUUUUCUAUUAUGGGCUGAGACCCAAAUCAAACUCUAUUCUCUGAUGAUCUGUGUCCUGUUGUAUUUCUGUAUUUAAUUUUCUCAUUUUGUUUUAUGAUUCUCUCCUGACCAUGAACUAUGUGUAUAUUGCCCUGUGGGAAGUAUAUUUUGUACAUAUAUUGUAGGCCAAAGAUAAACAUGCUAAAUGGU